UUUCUUCCCUCAUCCACAGGCUUACACCUCUCUCUCUCUCUCUCUACUUUGGUCCUCCAUCCCUUUCCUUUUCCUUUCCUUUCCUUUCCUCCCUUCUAAUUUUCCCCUAAAUUCCUUAGGCUUUCUGCAAGUACUUGCUAUCUGAAUUAUCGAGAUUUCUUGCCUUUGUUAAAAAUAUCGACUCCUUGGGUUAUUGAGUUUCUGUGGUUUUCCUUGUUUUCGAUUGUUUUACACCUUGGUAUAGCCUGCUAAGGUCUCUUCUUUGAGGUAUCAAAGCAUAUACAGCUAUUGAAGCAUGAGAGAUUCUUCCUAUUUUCUCUUUUAAGGAGGGUUUGGUGCAGUUCCAUUUAGCAGCGUCACGAAGGCCUUUUCCUGUUGCUCUAUUUCUUCAUCUUUUUUCUGGGAAAAAAAUUAUUGGAAUCUUAACUUGAACUGUUGCUCUUUUCCCUUGCCUAUUGAGAGUUGAGAUCUCUUGCAAAGUCUUGUGGAGAUACUAUUAUUACCCUACUGCAUUUCUUCAUCUUUUUUGUACGUAUUUUAUAUAGAAUCGUGGUAUGUCAAUCAUAGAUGCAUGUUAGUCUUGUGAUUGGUUAUGCUUCAAUUAUUAGCUCUUGAUGCUGUACAUGAUUCCCUUCUACUAGUUUAAAGUAAGACAUAGAUCUCCUUUGAGAGGUUGAGCCCUACAAAUUAAAGCAAUUUGAUGAUGAAAGGGUUGGGAAUUCAGCAGCACCAAGUGUUGGAGGAGAUUAUGUCCAACCUCACUUCUGCCUCUGGUGAAGCCAGUGUCUCUUCAAACCAGCAGUCUUCUUUUGCCUCUACUACCCCAAAUCCAGUCAAGAAAAAGAGGAGCCUUCCAGGAAACCCAGACCCGGAUGCUGAAGUGAUAGCACUGUCCCCCAAGACACUGAUGACAACAAAUAGGUUUGUGUGUGAGAUCUGCAACAAAGGCUUCCAGAGGGACCAGAACCUCCAGCUCCACAGAAGGGGUCAUAACCUUCCAUGGAAGCUGAAGCAAAGAACCAACAAGGAGGUGAGGAAGAAGGUGUACAUCUGCCCAGAGGUCACAUGUGUGCACCAUGAUGCCUCCAGGGCUCUUGGGGACCUCACUGGGAUCAAGAAGCACUUCUGCAGGAAGCAUGGGGAGAAGAGGUGGAAAUGUGACAAGUGCUCCAAGAAAUAUGCUGUUCAAUCUGAUUGGAAAGCCCACAACAAGAUCUGUGGCACAAGGGAAUAUAGAUGUAACUGUGGAACCCUCUUCUCAAGAAGGGACAGCUUUAUCACCCACAGAGCCUUUUGUGAUGCAUUGGCUGAAGAAAGUGCAAGAGCCAUCACAGCGAAACCUAUGGCUAAUCACCAUCCACUGCCAUGCUCUCAGCCCACAGCACCCCAUGACCUCUCUACUCCAUAUACCAGCAUACACCAAGCCCAGUUCCCUCACCUGAUGAGAACUGCAGAGGCCAGCACCAGCACUGCAAGCAGCCAGGGUCUCCAAGAGCUCUCACUAAAAGGAGAGCACCAGCAGCAGGACUUCGGGAUCAGGCGCGAAAUCCCACCGUGGGUAGCCUGUCAAGGCCCUGGCCCACCUCCUGACCUCCCUCCCUCUAUUUACUCACCAAGGUUGGGACCUGAGUUCAGAAAUGAGAACCAACCCCCUCACCCACAGCUAUACCAAUCCUCGGCAGCCACCCCUCACCUGUCAGCCACUGCACUGCUUCAGAAGGCAGCUCAGAUGGGCGCAACCAUGAGUAGAACCCCUCACACUGGUCAGAUCAGUGCCCCUCGUUUUGGCCUCGGCUUGCCAUCGCACAAAGAGAUGUGUGGGGGUGGAGGUGGUGCUCUUGUGCUCGAAGAUAUGAUGAUGGCUUCUAUGCCAUCAGCUCCUGGUCUUGGUGGAUGGUCUUUUGAAGGAGCUUUGGGUGGAAUGCUGGAAUCGAAGAGAGAGGGGAACGGUGUUGAGGGCCUCUUAAGAAGCCAUGGAAGGAAUGAAGGAGGGGGAGGUGGCGGUGGUGGUGCAAGUGAUGGAAUGACAAGAGACUUCCUGGGUCUUCGGGCCUUCUCCCAUGGGGAGAUUCUCAGCAUGGCUGGGCUGGACCCCUGCAUGGCCUCCUCUUCAUACGAGCAGCCCCCGCAGAACAAGGAACCAUGGCAUGGGUAGUUCCUCAGAAGAAACUGGUAUGAAUGGCUUUUUCUUUCCUUUUAAUCCUUUCAUAAGAAAAAACAGUGGCUUAGUAUUCUUUUACUACUUCUCUCCUUCUCUCUUCUUCCCAAAGGGAGGAAUCUUUGUUUCCACAUCUUUAUUUUUAGUAGUAGGAUUAGUCAUAAGUUUUACAUACUGCAGCAGUGCAUUCUUGUUGGUUCAUAAACGUGCCUAGUAAUCUUCCUCCUGUGCUUCUAUGUUGAAGGUGAAUCCUUAAUAUGCCAUGCAAGUUUAGUGCUGGUGGAAUUAUUAUUUUGGGGCAGUUUGGCUUUA